GAGACUUUUUGGCAAUAAACCUGCCUGCUUCAUAAAGUGGUCUUAUUUUUCUUUUUGUGUUCUUUCAACUCUCAUUAAUUCAAUCAUUAUUCGACUUCAUUCUCUUCUAGUCCAACAGGCAACAGCCAAAGAAAGAAGGGAGAAAAGCCCAGCAAAAAAUGUCAGCAGAUGUGGCUUUGCAAUUCCUGCUAAACCACAUCACCCAAAUACUCGAUUAUAACUAUCACUUGAUCGCGGAUGUGCCGGAGAACAUCAAAUCCCUGCGAAACGAACUGGAGUAUCUGAAAUGUAUCGUGGAGGAUUUCGAACGGUACAAUCGGGACAGCGAUUACGUCAAGAAAGUGGUCAAGGACAUCAGGGUGCUCACUUGCCAAGCUGAGGACGCCAUCGAGUCUUUCAUACUUCAGGCGGCGGAGCAAAGCUCAAGAACUGGUGCUUCCAAAGUGAUCCAUAAUUUUGCCGAUAAGCUGAAACUGCGCCGGGAAACCGGAGUUGAGAUCAACUCUAUUAUUGAAGCAAUCAAGAAGAUCAGAGCCGACCAUGUUCCCCACGCCAAUGACUCCUUGCUCAAUCAGGCUUUGACCUCCGAUGCUCAACCUGUGGAGCCCAAGGAGCGGCCUAAAGUUGAGGAGGAGCAUGUGAUCGGCUUCGAAACGGCAGCUAAAGAUGUGGAAAAACUUCUCACAAAAGGUCCUGAGCAAUUGCAGGUUGUUUCCAUAGUUGGAAUGCUUGGUUUAGGGAAGACUACACUUGCUAAUAAAGUUUUUAAGGACCUCAAAGUUGAUUAUGAGUACAUGAUUCGUGCUUUUGUCUACAUUUCAAAAGAUUACAAGAAGAGGGAUGUGUUCUUGGAAAUUUUGAGUUCGUUUACCCAAGUCAGUGAUGAUGUCAAAGAGAAGAAAGUAGAAGAUUUGCAAGACUAUCUCUACAAACAAUUAGAGGGGAAACAAUACCUGAUUGUUUUAGAUGAUGUUUACGAACCAGAGGAUUGGGAUGAAUUCAAGCGCGCCUUUCCUAACAACGAGACACGUUGCAGAGUUUUGAUAACUACUCGAAAUGAAAAGGUCGCAGAGUACACAAAUCCAGAAGGGCGUCCUUACAAAUUAGAUUUCUUGGACUUAGAAAAGAGUAGAGAGUUACUAUGCUGGAGGGUUUUCCAAAAGAAUAGUUGCCCUGAUGAGGAGUUUGUCAAGUAUGAAAUAGAAAUCGCCAAAAAGUGCGCUGGAUUACCAUUGGCCAUAGUGGUUAUUGCGGGUAUUAUUUGGAGACAUAGGAACAAUAUUAAAUGGUGGAAGAUCGUGACUGAGAGUGUGAAGGAUUACAUAGCCACGGAUGACAAAGAAACUACCAAGGUCUUAGACAUCAUGUAUAAGCACUUGCCGAACUACUUGAAGCCGUGUUUUCUUUAUCUUGGAGUCUUUCGCGAGGACUUUGAGAUUCCUGUGUGGAAAUUGAUACGUAUGUGGGUUGCAGAAAAGCUCAUUCAAACAACUGGGGAUUCAAACUUGGAGGACAUGGCAGAGAUAUACUUGGAAGAGCUCGUUUAUAGAAACUUGGUGAUGGUUGGAAAGAAAAGAACAAAUGAGAAAAUCAAAACUUGUCGAAUUCAUGACACCCUUCGAGAGUUUUGCAAGAAGGAAGCUGCUAAGAAUAAUCUUUUCCAGGAAAUGAUGCAGGAUAAAUCUUCCUUCUGCUUAGCAGGCAACUCAUCUUUGGAAACUUGUCGCCGCAUUUGCCUCAACAAUGUAGACAUUUCGGAAUAUUUGUCUAAAAAGCCAUCUGGUAAGUGUGUUCGCUCUUUCUUAACUUUCUACAAAGAUAAGAAAACCGUGAAACAAAAACUUGCACCUCGCAUCCCAAAAUCCUUCAAGCUUCUCAGGGUUUUGGAAGUUCAAUCCCUAAUGUUCACGUGCCUCCCGACUGAACUGUACGAUCUUGGUCUUUUAAAAUAUAUAGCCAUAUCUUCCAACUAUUCAAAAAUCCCUCAGGAAUUUUCUGACUUGGUAUACCUGCAAACACUCAUAGUAAAUACAACAUCUUCUAGCCUUGAGAUCAAAGCAGACAUUUGGAAGUUACCAGAGUUUAGGCAUUUGCAUACUAAUGUGCCUACCAAUUUACCAAGCCCAAAGGAGGACGCCAGAGGAGGUGAUAGUGUCCAAACCCUAUCCACCAUCUCUCCUGAAAGUUGCCGAAAGGAAGUUUUCGAGAGAACUCCCAAACUCAGAAAAUUGGGAAUUCGUGGGGUGUUAACUAGGCUUUUCCAGACUCAUGAUAAUCCUAGUGUAUUUGGGUAUCUUCAAACAUUAGAAUGCCUUGAAACACUGAAACUGCUGAAUGAUGAUACAACCUCAGAAACCUCCAAACUGUACGGCCUUCCUCCUCACAACAGCUUUCCCAAACAGUUAAGAAAGCUUACUUUGAUGAACACGCAACUGGAAUGGACAGAGAUGACUACAUUAGGAGAGUUAAAGCAUCUUGAGGUUCUCAUACUGAAGGAAUUUGCAUUUCAAGGGAACUCAUGGAAGACCGCAAAAGGGGGUUUUACCCGUCUCAAAUACUUGUACAUUGGACGCAUGGAUUUGGUGGCUUGGGAAGGGGCAUCAACAGAACAUUUUCCACAACUCAGGAGUCUAGUACUCAAAAACUGUGAAUCGCUUCAAGCUAUUCCUCGCGGCUUGGAAGAUAUUCCCAGUCUUAAUUCAGUGAUCCUUCAUUGCACCAAUACCGCAGUGGCUUCCUCCGCCAGGAAACUUCAGCUGUUGAAGAUAGACCAAGCAAAAAAGGACAACACAGACAGCAUCCUCAAGCUCUCAAUAUAUCCCCCAGAUCACUGAAUGUUGUAGAAUGCGAUUCUUGAUCAGAUCACUCAAUGUGAGGAAUUGUUGCAGGAACAGCUUUGAUGGCAACAGAAAUAAGAUCGAGAAUCGCUAGCAUUUGAAUCAGCUCUGUACUCUUAUGUUUCAGUUUCUUUUGUCUUCAUAAUUUCACGUCGGCAAUCAAAUUUGUGUGUUACAUUUUAGUGAACUAAACUCAUGUUUCCUUUGGAGAACAAUUUCAGCUUUCAUUUUCUUGCGUCUGCUAUGCUGUUAAUUAAUUUAGUUUCUUUCAUAAAUAUGAUUAACAUACACUUAUCAAAUAAUUAUUCGGUUUGUUGCACUAAAAUAAUACAACAAACUGGACAUCAUCUUGACAUGGAGGGACUCAAGCUCGGCCUGUUCAAUUUUGUUUUCUUCCAUGGUGAACUGUUUGAACAAAACAAGUGUAAAA